UACGUAACUGAUUGGAUAAGUUGAAUCUUUAAAAACAUGGACCACAUUGAAGGGCAUUUUAGUAAAUAUUAGUCCACGAAGGAAAACACAUCUUUGGUGCAGCAGACACAGAUAGGUCAUGAGUGAAUGUCCGUACUUUGAGAAGAGGCAUUUGUUAUUCAAAAUUAAACCUCCUUUAGAGGAUGAUGAGGAUUCCUCGCAGGAAGGGGUAAACAAGGCCAGCAAAGGAGGAGUUGUCUACGGAGACUAUCUGCAGCUUGACAAAAUAACCACAGCCCAGGUUUUACAAAGUGAACUGAAGGGCAAUAAGAUCCACGAUGAGCACCUCUUUAUCGUCACACAUCAAGCGUAUGAGCUGUGGUUCAAACAGAUUCUCUUUGAGCUGGACUCGGUACGGGAGAUCUUCAUCAGUGGACAUGUCAGAGACGAGCGCAACAUGCUCAAAGUCAACACUCGCAUACACAGGAUCGUGAUGAUCUUCAGGCUGCUGGUCGACCAGUUUGCCGUUCUGGAAACAAUGACAGCCUUGGACUUUUUUGACUUUAGAGAAUACCUGUCUGCAGCUUCUGGCUUCCAGAGCCUUCAGUUUCGGGUUCUGGAGAACAAAAUCGGCGUGCCAGACAACCUGAGGGUCCCAUACAACAGACGUCAUUAUAGGGACAAUUUCAAAGGUCAUGACAGUAAGACGUUACUCCAAACAGAGCAGGAGCCAACGCUUCUAAAACUGGUUGAGGAGUGGCUGGAGAGAACUCCGGGCUUGGAGGUGGAUGGAUUCAAUUUCUGGGAAAGGCUGAAAAUCAAUAUAUUUGAUGGGUUGAAUGUAGAGAAGGAAAAAAUCGAGAAAAUGCCAGAAUCGGAGGAGAAGGAGGAGCUGACGGCUGAGCUCGUCAAACAGAGAGAGAUCUUCACGUCUCUAUUUGAUGAAAAGCGUCACGACCACCUGGUCAGCAAAGGUGAAAGGAGACUUUCUUACAAAGCUCUUCAAGGUGCUCUGAUGAUCUACUUCUACAGGGAAGAGCCGAGGUUUCAGGUUCCCUUCCAGCUCCUCACGUCCCUCAUGGACAUUGACACCCUCAUGACAAAAUGGAGAUACAAUCAUGUGUGCAUGGUGCACCGUAUGAUUGGCAGCAAGGCAGGAACAGGAGGCUCAUCUGGCUACCUCUAUCUCAGAUCUACCGUCAGCGAUCGUUACAAAGUGUUUGUGGAUCUGUUUAACCUGGCGACCUUCCUGGUGCCUCGCCACUGGGUGCCCAAACUGAAUCCCAACGUUCACACCUUCCUCUACAUGGCCGAGUGCUGCGACAGCUCCUACUGCAGCAGUGAGGACUCAGACUAGAGGGCCUCUACUGUCCUGGCCUCCCUUUGCUGCAACGGGGUGAUCACAGAGGGGGAACAUUUGCUGGAAGUUUUUAGUGACCUGAGCACUGGUGAACUGGAGAUAGUUUGUUUGUGCCAGUCAAUGCAUAAUUUUGUAGAUAACAAUGAAUGUGAGAAAACCUGAUAAACUACAUGGUCUCUCAUUAACAGGGAUGGUUUCAAAUAUAUUCUGUAGCUAAGUGAAAUAACAAGUUUAAUUGGUUAAACAAGUGUGGGAGGGGUUCAGUGAGACUAUGGAGCAAGACUUGCGUAUGGCUUCGAGGAGAUUCUGGUUCACCAUCCGGCGCCUCAGGAGGGUAAAGCAGUGCACUAUCAACACUGUUUACAGUAGUGAUGCUGACCUCUACUCGGGACGUUGUGGAUCGAUGGGCGGAAUACUUCGAAGACCUCCUCAAUCCCACCAGCAUGUCUUCCAGUGAGGAAGCAGUGUCUAGGGACUUUGGGUUGGACUCUCCAAUCUCUGGGGCAGAGGUCAAUGAGGUGGUUAAAAAGCUCCUCGGUGGCAAGGCUUUGGGGGUGGAUGAGAUCCGUCCGGAGAUCCUUAAAACUCUGAAUGUUGUUGGGCUGUGUUGAUGCGGCUCUGCAAUAUCGCAUGGGCAUCGGGGGCAGUCCCACUGGACAGGCAGACCGGGGUGGAGGUUCCCCUAUUUAAAAAGGGGGAUCGCAAAGUGUGUUCCAACUACAGAGGGAUCACACUCCUGAGCCUCCCUGGUAAGGUCUAUUCAGGGGUUCUGGAGAGGAGGGUCCGUUGGAUUGCCUAACGUCAGAUUCAGUGGAAACGAUGUGGUUUUUGUCCUGGAACACUGCACCAGCUCUAUACACUUAGGGGGAUCUUGGGGGGGGGGGGGUUCGCCCAAGCAAUCUACAUGCCUUGGGAUUCCCCUGAAGAGCUGGCAAAAGUAGCUGGGGAUAGGGAAGUCUAGACCUUGCAGUUUAGGCUGCUGCCCCUGCAACACGACUCCGGAUAAGCCACUGAAAAUGGAUGGUUGGAUGGUUAAACAAAAUCUUAGUGUAAUACUUGCUUUUUGAUAUGUAAAUGUAAAAAAUGUAAAAUCAUAAGUUUGUAUAUUUAAAAGUUUAGCAAGCAUUAAAAAAGUAACUCAUAAUCAUAAAAACAACUAAAUAGGAAAGCUUGUGACCAAAUGCCUGACAACAAAAAUUUCACAACUCAAAAUCGGGAUUCUCUGCACUAAUCUCCACUCUGAGUCACACGGAGGGAUGCAGACAGCUUCCUGAUGAGGACUGUUUAGAUGUUCCCUCAAUAAACUUAUGUAAAUGAAAAUUCACUGACCUGCAGGCAAACAGAUCAGUGGGAGGAAUGAUCAAACCUUGAGUGAAGGGACAAUGCUGGUGGGACUUUACAGAAAUGCAACAUCUUUCAUGUCAAGGGGCAAUUUUAUGUGACUGAGAUGCACCUAAAGUGAAAUAAAAUGUACAUAUGAUGAAAUCUCAACCACAUGAAUGUCAACAGAACUACAGCUUUAAUGCUAUGAAAUAAAACCCAGAAAUGGUGUACAUAGCUGCUUCCUGAUGAGGACGGUAGUUGCUACUGAUGUUUUUAUAUUACUAUAGAUAGAUAAUUUUGUUGUGUAUUUAUAGACUAAUUAUUGGAUAGUUUUUGGAAUUAUUGGGAUUUUUGUAUAGCUGAAUUAUGCAUUCUAAUGCCUAUAUAUAUAUAUAUAUAUAUAUAUAUAUAUAUAUAUAUAUAUAUAUAUAUAUAUAUAUAUAUAUAUAUAUAUAUAUAUAUAUAUAUAUGUAUAUACAUUUUUCUUUAUGUAUUUAAUAAAAUGCAUGUUUUGUACAGUGAAAAGAUUGGUAUUGUUGCAGUUUUGCAGCAGCGUGUUCUGUAGCGCUGUUAUAAUCCAACACUUGCAAACAUAUGAGAUGAUUUAUUUUCUUUUAGUGAUGCAAUAUGGUUACAUUUCAAUAAAAGCAUUAUCCAAUGUGA